CUCUGUCGGCGCUCAGCUGAUUGUGACGUGGUCAUGUGGAGAUAUACCAAGAGACGGGUGAGGUGUCGAGGCAGGGGGACUGCGGCGUUAUGGUGCGGGCCAGGCCACAGAGGAAUACGGGCAACUCAUAUCGUGGGAAUUCACUAUAGUAGCCUUUAGACAUUCUGAAAUUACUGUAUAAUUCUUCCGUGGACAGUUGGACCCACCUCUGUUCGCCUGUCUCGAAGCGCAUUCCAGAAGCUUUCCGUAAUAAUUAAUUUCAAAUUUUUAAGAGAAAUUGAGACACCGAAAGGAGUUGCUGGUACUCCUAAAAAGUUGCAGUGGGGGUGAGUGAGGAAGACAUGGUGGAUUAUUAUAAUGUUCUGGGAGUGUCACGAAGCGCCUCUCCGGAGGACAUCAAGAAGGCGUACAGGAAGCAGGCUCUGCGAUGGCAUCCGGACAAGAACCCAGACAACAAGGAGGAGGCGGAGGGGAAGUUUAAGGAGCUGGCUGAGGCCUAUGAAGUUCUGUCAGACCGGAGUAAACGAGAGGCGUAUGAUACCUAUGGCAAAGACAACUCACACUUCCAGGCCUUCACGGGCUGAUCUGAUUGGCCGUUGCCCGUCUGACCCCUGACCUCUGAGCCUGAGGUAAAGCCCAAACAAAACAGUCUCCUCCUCCAUCAUCAGCUACUCCCACCUUCACUGUUGCGUCAUCCAACCCUUCAUCCCAUCUUGCCCACCUUCACUGUUGCGUCAUCCAACCCUUCAUCCC